ACGGUGUUCCCAUGUGCAGGAACUGACGCUGGAAGUGGGUUACUGGGACACUGAGAGUAAUGGUCAAAUACUGAGAUAUACUCUCAAUACUUGACCAUCAAUGGAUAAAGAAAGCAUACACGAUCAAGCAUGGAAAAAGAACUAAAGUUACAUAGCCCAGUUGGGACGGAACCUGCAAUAUUUACUUGGCCAUUAGCUUCGUCGGAUAAAGACGAUGAGAAUAACGAAAUUGUUGAAACAAUCAGGUGGGUACGUGCUGACUAUCCAGAUUUGGAUUAUGCCUUGGCCAAUCAUAUACUGCAGGAUUAUGACACCAAAAGUUAUGAAAGCAUGAAGAACUUGUGUGAUAAGUACAACAGAACAAUAGACAGCUUCAAAAAUCUGUGGAAAGGAGCCUCUAGACCUAAGAAACAAAGUGACAAAGCAUCUUCAGGGCUACUCAAACACAUUCUACAACAGUGUUAUAAUAUAUCAGUAGAAGAUCCAGAAAGAUUGAACCAGUAUGAACCAUUCUCUCCAGAGGUGUAUGGAGAGACAUCAUAUGAACUUGUUGAUCAGAUGAUAAAAUCAGUCAAUUUUACUGAAGAUGAUUACUUUAUUGAUCUUGGAAGUGGUGUUGGUCAGGUAGUUUUACAAGUAGCAGCAUCAACACCUUGUAAAAUGUGUUAUGGUAUUGAGAAAGCAGAAUUUCCAGCAAAGUAUGCAAUGACUAUGGAAAAAGAGUGCAUAAAGUGGAUGAAAUGGUAUGGUAAGAAACAUGGUGACUUUCUUAUACAGAAAGGAGAUUUCCUGGAAGAAGAUGUUAAAGAAAAAAUUAAUAAUGCAACUGUUAUUUUUGUAAACAACUUUGCCUUUGGACCUCAAGUAGAUCAUCAGUUGAAGUUAAGAUUUGCCAACAUGAAGGAAGGAGCUAAGAUAGUAUCAUCUAAAGCAUUCUGUCCUCUCAAUUUCCGUAUCACAGAUAGAAAUCUUAGUGACAUUGGUACAAUAAUGCACGUAGCAGAGCUGUCCCCAUUAAGUGGUGCAGUAUCAUGGACGGGGAAACCCUUUGCCUACUUUGUACAUACAAUUGAUAGAACAUUGUUGGAAAAAUACUUCCUGAAAUUGAAAAAUCCUAAGAUGAAGGAUGAUGAAGAAGUUAGAAGAGACCGGAGAGGAAGGUUAUUGGAAAAGAAGGUUAAUGAAAUGAACAAGGAUGAAAUAAAGAACGGUGUGCUAAAACCCAAGAAAGGAAAAGAUAAUUGCUCAGCCAUUCGUACAAUAGACUUUGACAGUAACAGUAAUGCUAGUACAAUAAUCAGUGAUACAACAGACGAGAAUAUCCAGGUACAGGGACCCACAACUCGCCGACAGUGGUCAGAGUUGGUGUCCAAACCUAAAUCUGAUAGUGCUUCAAUGGUGGCCUCCUCUAAUGAGGAAGAGGAUAGUGUUAUAAGUGAGGCAACAACAGGGUCCCUUUCUCAGUCAAACAUAGAACUGGAUGUUGAGAUGGCACAGAAAGUAAAGGAAAUGAAGAAAAAUCAAACAACAAAAAGGUUACAGAAUGGACGUCACAAAAGAAAAAGAGAUGUUCCAAAUGGACGAGCAAAAAGAACAAAUUUCUCUACAGCAAAAUCGAGAGCUGCAAAUAGAAACAAGAAGAAAGAGAAAGUUCUUGCGUUGGAUAGUUUGAAUCUGUUACAUACACACACCCUCAUGUCAACAUCCAAUUCAGCAUCUCCAGAGAACCAGAGGAACUGGAAUGAUAGGAGUAUGACUGGAGUAUCCUCUAGUUGUUUCAAAGCAAUGACACAAGAUCAUACUAUAUCUAGAUUAGAGACAGAGCAGGCGUUACAUCAGCUCUUAGAGUUGUUUAAACAGCAAUAUUCACAGUUCCUGUCUUAUAUGCAGACACCUCAGUAUAGAAUAUCUUUGCAGCAACAAAUUGAACAAGAGAGGGAAAAACAACAGAAAUUGAAAGCUAAAGUACAGCAGUUAGAUAAACAUAUAUCUAGUAUACAGAAAGAAAGUGUAGGACAUUUACAAGCAAGAUUAAAAGAGCUUGGUAUACAAGCAUCAACUCCAGCAGAAUUCUUGUUGCAGGCAAAACGUAUUGUACUGGAACACAAGGAGUUGGAGGGACAAGUGAGUACCGUAGAACAACAAAUUAAACACUUGGAGAAAAUAAGUCCGUUGGAUGGUGGUACAAGUGUGUUGGCAGAUAAAACAACUAAACUGAAUGGAAUCAAGAAUGGCUACCACACCACCGAACCAUUACCUGAUAUCAUAAUGAAGGAAGUUAAUGCAUCUUAUACACAGAAAAAGAAACUAAUCAGCAAAGUGAAACAACUAGAGGCUGAAGUUACAGAAUUAGAAAGGAAAAAUAAUGGUCUUCAGAAAGAAAACAGGAUCAAAGUAGAACAAGAAAAUAGAAUAAAAAUAGAAGAAGAAAACAAGAUAAAAGUGGAGCAAAUUAAAACUGAAAAGAAAAAAAUACAAAAGGCAGCUACUUUAGAUAAAUCAGGGAUUGACAUUAAAACAGUGAUUCAUCCAACCAUUACUCAGUCAGCUGCUCAGUAUGUCCAUACCAAGACUCAGGCAUCAUCUAAUACUCAUACUAUCUCAGGAAAAGCCAAUCAUUCCAUUUAUAUAGAACCUAAGAAGGAAAGGCUACCUACUUCUGGUUCUACUCAGGUCAACAUGCCAACAUUUAGAUCUCUUCUUCAAGCAACUGGCGAACAAAUGAAAAAUCAAGAGGAAUCGAAAAGAAAGAUUCAAAUACUGAUGAAUCCUAAUCCAAAAAUAGGAUCAAAAGCUAGUGCUAAACCAAUAAAACCGAAUCCUGUCCAGUUGAAUGGGGCACAUAAAAUUGUUUAUUUAGUCAAAGAUAACACAGUUCCUGCCAUUGGAACCAACAGAACAUUACUGAAUACAAUCAAAGAUGUUAAUGCACGUCCUUCUCUGCCCAUCAGUAUUCCAUUAGAUCAUCUGCCAAAAGAUGAGUUACGUGAAAAAAUAAAAAACAGUUCAGUGAAACCAGAUGUCAAUGAUAAGCCAAAACAAAUAAUUGAUAUGGACUCUAUGUACUCUCCAAUUAGUAGACCAAGCAGUCAGGGCAGUACCACAGAUACAGCAGAAGAACCACCUCCACAUUACCAACCUGAACAAAAGAUUUUUCCACAAACUAAACACCCAAAUUAUAUCAUAUACCCAAUGGCUUCAAAGCCAUCAAAUUUCACUGUUAAUAACUUUGUAGAAAAUGUAGUCAAAAAUGAAAUGGGUCGUCCUCAGAAACAGCAGAUAAUAUUUAAUGGAGCGAAGAAAGAAAGUCAACCUGUCAAUAGUUCACAAAGUGAUAAAAUUCUAGCUGAAGCAUUGUUACAAAUGUCAAAAGCACAGAGCAAAGCACCAACAGGACAACAGUUUCCUUCCUAUGUUACUAAAGUUUAUGUUUCACAACAGAACACGAAUGUUAACAAUAGUGCUGAUAAUCAGAAAUUAAAACGCAAACGAUCUGACUCUGCACAAAGUCCAGAGAAAAGAAAAAUGCCUUAUAAACCAUCUGUUAAUUCCAGUCCAUUAAGUUCCAUUCCAUCACUGAUGAGUAUAGCUACUAGACCAAUCGGUAUCACAGCCCUUAAUUCACCAGAGAAAAAAUCAUCAGAAAAACCUAUUGUUCAUACUUCUAAUAAUAAAAAUAAUCUAAAGAGGACACCAACUAAUGGUUACACAACAAAUGAAUUGUGGAAAUCUCCAGACAAAUUUGAUAGAUUUGAUGCAUUAGUUGCUCUGGCCUCCUCAGAACUUGGUGGUAAUCAAACACCUAUCAAAAAAAUAUUUCCAAAAAAAUCUGGACCUAAAACUCCACCUGGAUCACCACCAUGCAAACGUAAAUCUAGGAGGAGUAGGUCAUCUAGUAGUGACACAAGUUCAAGUCGAUCACGAUCUUCAAGUUGUUCUGGAUGUAGUUCUCGUAGUCGAAGCAGGAGUUACAGUAGCCGAAGUAGGAGUAGAUCUUCAAGUUCUUGUUCCAGUCGUAGUUCUGUCAGCAUAAAACGUAGUAAUAAAAGUGCAUCUGUAAAGACAAGUAAUCCGGGGAAUCAAUUACAGUAUUAUUCAAAUAAUAAGCCUUCUAUUGCAAUGUCUAGUAUGAACUAUAUACCUAAUAAUAAUAUAAUACUCAGCCAGCAAUUGAAUACCGGUGUAAAUCAUCAUCUCAGUAAUAGCGCAUCAUCAUUACUUCAUCAACAGGCCAUUAGUCAACAGCUUAAUAAUCAUGCUACGUCAUUACUCAACCAACAGGCAAGUAGUAAUGGAGCAAUAAUUAACCAACAGUCUAGUGGACCUUUACUGGCAACUCCAUCUAAUCCUGGUGGACCUUUACUGGCCACACCGUCUAACUCGGUUGGAUCUUAUGUUCAAAAUGGCUCAAAUUAUUGUUUGGUUAAUAGCAAUGCACAUUUAAAUGGUGGUGGAAUGGUCCUCAUGGGUGGACCUUCUGGAAAUGCACCAAUACAGAAUACUGUCCCAAUUUUGCCAGGGACAUCACUACCUAAUAAUGUUGUACUUCUGUCAUUCUCACAACAAAAUGGAGGACAAAUUGUCAGGACGCCUACACCAACAAACACAGUUCCUGUAGGAAAGAAAAAAAUAGUGGAAAAACUACAUCAACCUCCACCUCCUCCUCAUACACUACUAGGUAUUGGUGGUUACAAAUCUAAACAACCAAAUACAUCUCCUCAAAGAUUUAACGUCCCUGACAUGACACGUCCACCGCCUAACAUUAACUUGUCACCAAAUACCGCUGGACACAACAAAUCUCCAGGACUAAGUCCACUAAAUGAUCCACGACCUAUGUUUAUAAACCAUCAGGUGAUGACACGUCCACAUCAGGAAAACUUGGGUCUACGUCACAAUAGUCCUCAUCACAGACCUUAUAAUCCAUCAGAAAUUGGUUUUACUGGUCAACAACAUGUGCAAUCUGCAAAUAAGUACCGUCAGAAUCUUCCAUCUAACCAAUUAGGAGAUGGUGCAAGAUUCACACAAAAUCCUAGAUUCAACAUGACUAAUGUUAGACCAAGAUUUAACUCAACAGCACAGCAAGGUUGGCACUGAUACAGUUUCCUUAGUAACUGAUCAUUGGUGUCAAGUUUACUGAAAAACAGUUUCCAUAGUAACCAAUUUAUGAUGUCAAGUUUACAGAUAAGCGAUCACCACUGACAUGUCUUUCUGUCAUCUUUGAUGUGCCAAAUAAAUGAAGAUCUUCAUAUGUCAUAUUGCUAGCAUUAAUUCAAAAAUAGUGUAAAAUGUAUGGUGAAGAAGAACAUGAUUAUAGAUUAAAUUAUGAAAGAUGAAUAAAUGAAGACAUUAAUUUCAUAAGAUAAAUUUAAAUGAUCAUUAUUAAAGCCUUAAUACCUGAAAAUUAGCAAGUUAAUGUUUACGGCCAGUAAAAUUCAUUUAUUUCGAUAUCAAAAUGGCAAAAUUUUAUUCUUCAUAUUUUUUUAAUACUUUAACAUAAUAUUAGAAAAUGUUGUUGCUGAUGUUGCAUUUGCUAAUAUAUAUUUGAAGUAGCUCUUUUUUUAUUAGAUAGAUAAAAAUGUUUACAAAGUCAGCGAUAAAUAAAAUUUGCUCAGUUUAUGUUUUAGGCAUGAUCUUUUUUUGUAUAAUGAUAAAUACAGUCAGCCCCUAGUACAAUUUUGUAGUCAAAUAAAAUAUUUUUGGGGAUUGAUAAAACUUUUAUUUCUAUAGAAAAAUAUGUAUAAUAUCAAUGGUACAUAUAUUUUUUUAAUAAGUUUUUAACAUAUAUAGCAAGAGUACAAAAUUAAUUUCGUUUUUCAAUAUUUCCUUAAUUUUACAUUAGGAGAUACCUAUUAAUCAUUCUUAUCCUAUAUCUGCUGAAUUUUCAUGUUGUUUUUUCAUCACUCAGGAUUCAUUUGUUGUAUUGCAUGAUUUUUUUGUUAUCUAGAAUAUAUCCGUUGUGCUUUUAAAUUAUAUUCUUAAAAAUUGAAAUUUCAAAUAUAAUAUGACCGUAUUGAUAAGAUAAGCCAAUUAAUUUUUGUAAAAGUGAAAAAUUCGUGAAAAUAGAAUAAGCAAUGGAUUCAAGUUAUUUUAAACAAAAUAUGUUGCUUCAUUAUAUUCAGGAAUGGUUUUAAAAGGAUUAACUUUUGUCUAUUUACUAAACUUUUACAAGUAUUCAUUCAUAAUUUAAGAUUGUGUCCUUUGAAAUGGAUGAGGUUUAUUGUAAAUCAAAAGAUUUCUGAAGGAAGAAAUUAAUUGCAUGUCACAUGAAUUCGGCCAAUUGUGUUUAUCAUUUUCAUCGUUCAUGAAUUUACUCCUUUUAUGACAAAAUUGAAUAAGGCUAUUCUAAAAUUAAAUGAAUGGGGGUAGGCACUCGUUUCUCCUAAACCUCCUGUAAAAUUUUUAAUAAGAAAUUGAAUGCACUAAAUAUGAACCCCAUUACCCCUAAUAAGCAGAGGGGUGCAUUCUUUUACUUUGGAGGGCAGAAGGGCGGGGGUUAAGGCAUCAAGGGCAGGCCGCCCUUCUAUUUAGGGCAGGCGGGAACACUGCCCUUUAUUAUUGAAUUAUUGAUAGUGCGUGCCUUCCAAAUCUCCUCCGAAAUACAUACAAUUCUGAAAUAGCUUUUAACAAUAUUUGGUUAUAACACGUAAUUAUAUUGGGGUACUGCUCUGAUUGUCUUCAGCUCAUUAUGAAUUAAGCUUAUUUUAUCAUGUUAUUAGGAAUAGAUUUAGUUUUAAUUAGGGACAAAAUUAUUUUUAAGUGUUUACAAUAAUAUGUUUUAUAAUUUUUGCAAUUUACAUAUCACAUGUGUUUUAGUAUGAAUUGUUUUAUAUACAGCCCAUUGCAUUGGACUGUUAGAUUUUGGUGCUGAAUUAAAUUAUAUAGCAUUGUUUAAGGGAAUUGUUUAUAGACUGAUGAAUUGUUAGUGCUAUUGUUAAAAAAUUUAAAUGUUUUUAUGUUGCAACAUGAAUUAAUUUAAAGCAAACCUCUUAUACAAUGUUGUUAACAGAAUAAUGCAAAGCGCUGUAGUGACUUUUCUAUUAACAUGUAUAGCAAUCAGAUGAGGCACUCGUGCAUUAUUGUGUUGUUUAAUUAGAAAAAUGAUGAGAAAUUUGUUGUAAGAUGGUUUCUGCUAUGCCAUCUUAAGUCCCAUAUCUUGGCACUAUACAUGUUAAUGGUAAAGUCCCAAUUGAUUUGUUGAUUUUUGCUGUAAAAGUAAAUUAUUUGAAUGCUUCAAAUGUACAUAUGUGUAAGAGUAUAUUCAGAAAAUGUAUUUGUGUUUGAUGGAUUAGAUAAGGCAUUCUGUUGUGGAGUCAACUUGGUAUGGAAAGAGUGUAUGAAAGAUUUUUCAACCACAUUGAGUGUACAAUAUAAUUUCUGUCACAAAAAAAAAUCAUUCCAGGUUUCCCCAUAUUAUUUUACAUAUAGAAAUGGCAUCUUCUCAUUUAUGCAGAAAGAAAAAUAUUGUAUCAGCUGGCCAGUCAAAUAAUAUUGUUUUCUUUUGAGCAUGUUUUUUUUACUAAUUUGAAUGUACAACUUGUUUUUUAAUGUUAUUUUUUUUACCAUAAUUUUAAAAUAUGAUCAGUUUAGAUAAGCAAAAUAAAAUAGUCUCAAAAAGUUUAUAUUUUGCAAAAGAUACAUCAUGGAACAUCUUUUUACUUUUUCAUUCUAUCACAAGUUCUCUUAAUGAAGAAUAUUUAUCCAUAUGUUAGUUGUUAAUUCAUUUCCAAAAUAUAUACAUGUAUCUGGAAAAAGAUUUAAACAUACUGCAGUAGCAUAAUUUAAAAACAUACAAUAUACAGAUACAUGUUUCUUUCUCAAAAUAAAUCGAGAGAAAAAUAACCAUUUUGCACUUGCAUUACAAGUACUUCAUUUUUAUCUCACCUAAACAUAAUUUAUAAACAUUGGUUUUUUUUCUUGUCUGUCGUGAAAGUUUGAUAGUUUACGAAGUCAUAGGAAAAGUAAAAUUUGACAGGAUUUCUCCAUAUCACAUGUAUUUGAUACUCUUAUUUAAUGUUUUGAUCAGAUUUUUGUUCCUUAAAUUUCCCAUAAGAAGACAUGGACCUUGCCUUUUAACAUAUGAGGAAACUUGUCAAUAAAAAGUUCUAUACAGUUAACAUUGGGAUUGAAUGAAUGAACAAAAUUGCUUAGAGUUUUCAGGGUUGUUUUAACAUAGACAGGAAGAAACAAGGGAGACGUGAUUUCGUUUUUCAAAAUUAAAGUUUUUCAUCCAUCUUUUGUGAAAUUUGAAUUAUUAAAAAUAUAAAUAGAUUGUCACAUACACACACAAUUUUUGAAAAGCAACAUAGACAAAAUUUCAAGUUUUAAAGAUUUGCACAUAUCCAUAAUUGAUCAUUUUCAGAAUUUUUAUGCUCAUUUUUUAACACAAAAAUAUUAUCCAUCUUCUUGUUAUACUUAUUGGGUAAAAUUAGGUAAAGGCAGCAGCUGAUUAAUUAUCGGUGGAUUAAUAAAAUAUACUGGUGAUAAUUAUUGAUAAUUAGUUUAUACGCUUCAGGUUUUAUAUAUAUAUAUAUAUAUACAUACAUAUAUAUGAUGUAUUUAGAUAAUUUGAUUCAGGGCAGCUGAAUAAAUAGAUUUCUAUUGGUGUAUGCAUAGUCUGAUGAGCUUGUCACUGUUACAUUAUUUUAAAUUUGUUAAGCUGCUAUCCUGAUCCCCCUGUAUUUCCUUGUGGAUCUAUAAAGAUCUAUCAACUUCAUAAAAUAAGUUACUGCAUAUGCUAAUAUGGGUAAAUUUUUUCUAUUUUAUUUUAACUAACAUCAUAACAGAGAAAAGAUAUCAAUCAAAACUGUGAAAAUAUGAAGUAUUGAUAAUGGAUCCACAUAGAAAUAUAGAGGUACAGAUGAUGUGGUUUGGAUAUGUCAUUUUACCUUUGCUUGUUUAUUUUACCCACAAUAAGUUUGUUAUUAUAGUCAGUAACUAAAGGGAUUGUAGUUUUUCAUUGUAAAUAUUUCACUUGUUUAAGUUAAUUUUUCCAAUAUAAGUUGCAUCAGUUAAUUCAGAUCUCAUUUCAUCAAUAAAAUUUAUAAACUGUC